UUCUUUAUCUGACGCUGAUGAGAUUUUAAAAUCCUCCAAGUAGAAGAAAAUGUGUCCCCAAACCUUAUCAGCUGUUUUGCUUGAUCUGUGUGCGUGCUCUCUAAUCAUUUUUGGAUGUAUGUUCUUAAUUAAAUAACAUUCAUAGUUGUUUGAACCAAUAUAGUAGAGGCAAUAGCUCUGUGUACGAAGCAAUAAUUCUUCGAUGAAAUGUUUUCUUCCGCAUGGCAUACGAAGCCCUCCGGAACGUGGGCUUUCAAAAAUUAAGAUAGACUUAAUCAGUGUUUUGACGAAGUGACAUCGUGAGUUUAAGAAAGUGAGAUUGAGACGGUCUGAAUCAGAAUAUAAGCGCAACGUUAUCUCUUUGACAAGAAAGGUUUGCUUUGCGUAGUGAAAACGUUAAAGCACAAAAUAAAUAGAUGCGAUCAUUCCAAGUUGAAGCGGCGAAGAUUCACGCGGAUAGUCAAUCCCUGUGCAUCCUCCCAUCGUUGGUCGGAGUGCUGUGUUUACAUGAACUAUAAAGUGUAAUUUAUUAUUUGCAUAAAUCAGUUCAGCAAAGCGAUCAGUGCAACUAGAGAAAAUAACGCAAAUUAUUGAUUUUUGAUUAACUUCAACGACAUGGCAGAGAACAAGAAAAAAGGGCAAACUGUUAACGUUGAUCAUGUCGCUUACUAUCAUACCUAUAAGUACAAUUCACUCCAGAGGCUAAAUAAACCUAAAAGAAUGUAUGGUGUCAAGCGCGUCAUAGCGUUCUGUAUACUCACUGCAAUUCUUCCAGCGUCGCUUAUAAUACUACCACUGUAUCUCAGGCACACCGUUUUCGCAGCUGUAGUAUAUUCUAUUGCCGAGUCGGAUAUAAUUGAAAUCCGAGAUGGAAUUUCAUCGGUUUUCUGUCAACGCCAUCUUUUGGAAAUGAACACCAGCUUCAACGCAUUCCAGUUGAAUCAGAAGCCGGAAAUCUCCAAAAAUCGUAAACAUAUACGUCUGAAGAAAUCUAUGUCCCUACCAGAUGAUACAUUGGAAUACUGGGGAUUCUAUUUGCUGAAAGGAGCAACAGUGGCAUUGAAGGUUUGCUCGAGGUAUGAUGGAUCGCGGAUAUUGGUUGUGAAAGGAGAGAGGAAUCUAAGGACUUGUGGGCUUUUGGAGCAUAAUAAGAACAAGGUAGGAACCCAUUUCAAUAACGAGCAUGGCCAGGUAUUGGUGACGUUCGAGUCGGCUGCAGAAAUUGUGGAUUCUUCCGGGACCCUUAACGAUAAAUCGAAUGGCUACAUACCUCCAGACGCUGGAAAUCAUGGUGGGGAAGAUUUAUCUGAUGAAGAAAUGACAGCAGAUGAGAACCGAAAUCCCACUGGGAAGCGAAUUGCUCUGACAAACACUCCUAACCAUCUCAAACGCGUACCAGAAUCUAAAAAUCAGUUAGUCGACAGGAACCGGGAAGAUGUGAGCGGUGAUUCACAGGAUGAGAAAUACACAACGCGUUCGACACGUCGACCUGUUAGAACAACAACGUUUGGAUCAACCGCCGAACUCGCUGAGAAUAAAACAAAACGCAAUCUCAGACAAAAGCCAAAACCAACAUCUACAGUUGAUGAAAUGACCCCAAAUGAUGACCAACGAAUGCAACGCAGGAGACGACAUCAUGGUAAGCAUGGACAUCGAUCAAAGGCUAUCAAAGAUACAAAUCGUAGGCAGGAACCAUUAGAGCCGAAUGGCGAGAGAAGGAAGCGUGAUACUGUUUAUGAUCGCGCAAUAAACCAUGGUGGCAACGCAUUUAAUUUCCCAAAUAACACUUCUGAUUCGGGAUCAAGUUUCGAAAACAGCUUACUUACAUGCUAUGAUGGUGAUAUUCUUUUGGCUCAAGGAUUCCCUCCUAGUCAUUUGUGUAAAGACGUGCAAUAUCUCGAAAAUGGUAUCCACAUGGUGACGAAGCACGAGGUUGCAUCCGAUGGUUAUUAUUAUUAUAUAUUCUACAGCGAUAAUGACUAUGUGCAGAACGAUAUUCACGCUGUCUUCGAUAUAUACAAACCGACUUUCCAGUACUCCAACAUAUCUGAAUCGAAAGGCUGUGUGAACAGUACAAAUUGUUCGUUCCCUAUACCUUUCUGGUCGGACGAGCGUGUGAUCGUAGAAGUUCCAACUAGGGAUGGAAUUGAACAUGAGGAAGACGAUAUAACGUUGUUAAUAUCAACAUGCCAGCCACGGAUGGCUAUCUACGUCAUUUUUCCCAUUUCUGUUCUUUUCCUUGUGCUGACAUGUGCUUUCUUGUAGAAAGUUCACUUUGAUCAAAUUGUUAUAGGAGAUUCAAAUGGCAUCAGAUGAUAAAUGAAGUUUUUUUAACGUUAUGCAUUUGAAUCAAUGAAUGUUCAUUUCCUUGAAAAAAGUUUUCCGCAUAAAUCUGUGAAACUUAUUCCAAAUACGUAUAUCUCUUUUUUAUUUUACUUCGAGUUGUGCCAUAAAUACGUUUGAAUUUGACUUCAUUAUUUUCUAUCUUCUCGAUGUGCAGAUUUUUUUUUACUGUCCGUUAAAGUUAGAUUAAAGAUGUAAGUUUUAGAAUAUUGUAAAUUAAACAUAUCACUAUGAAGUAUUCGUUUGUAUGUUGUCAGUAUAUAAUAUAUGCUAUGUUGUGAGAUCUUCAAAUGCUACGAAUUUCAACAUUGGGUUUAAACAGGCAAUCUUCCAACAUAGAGUUAAGCACCAUAAUGAUAACUUAGCGCGAUUUGCUCAGGUGACGUCGAUCAAAAAUUAACAGACUAGUCUUCGUGAAUAAGGUAAAUAAGUACAAUGAGAUGUAGACAUGUCAGAAAUACGACAUUACAUAAUCAGACGAAUUUAACUUCAGAGGCUAUAGAAGAGUGAAAUAGUGAUUACGGAUAACAUAUAUAGUAUUUAACUUAAAUUGAAAGUAGUGGUUGUAAAUUGCAAUAGAUAUUAAUUGGAUUGAUCGAACAAACAACAAUUGUGAUAAAUAAACAUAUUACAUAUUUGAAUUAUACAACUUCAAUUUUAUGUUACACAAAGUAAAUAAAAACAACUUUUGUUACAAUUUUCUUUUGGGGAA